CAAACGGGAAACAAGAUGGCGGCGGCAGGUCCGAGUACUCGGGCCUCUUCCGCGGCGGCAGCGGCAGCUCUCAGUCGGCGGGGCCGACGGGGCCGCUGUGACGAGAUGGCGGCAGCCAAGACUGGGGCCCCGGGCGCAGCCUCUGGCCCCGCACUGCUGGUGUUGCCGCCGCCGCCGCCGCUGCAGCCGCCGCCGCCGCCGCCGCCGCGGCCGGAGGAGUCGGGCUGCGCCGGGUGCCUGGAGACCCCGGGGGAAGCGGCGGCCCUGCCGUGCGGCCACUCGCUGUGCCGAGGCUGCGCCCAGCGCGCCGCCGACGCCGCGGGCCCCGGUUGCCCGCGCUGCCGAGCCCGCGGCCCGGCUUGGGCCCGCCGUCGGGCCCGCGACGACGGCCAGGCCGACGCGGAGGUGCAGGGCGAGCGCGCCCGCCGCGGCCACCCGGAGCGCUGCCGCCCGCGCCGGGACGGGGGCGCGGCCGCCGCGGGGCCCAGGCCGGAGCAGGAGCCGCGCGCCCCGGCCGCCGAGCCAGAGUUUAUAUUCAGAGCACCAAUCAAAUUAAGCAAGCCUGGGGAACUUCGUGAAGAAUAUGAAAGCCUGAGAAAGCUGAGAGAGGAAAAGUUACAAGAGGAGAAAACCUCUGAAGAUCAAAUCCACAAGCUGUUAUCAGAGGAUAUGGAAACAGGCAAAAGGAAAAUGGAUGACCAGAAAAAGAGAGAUGAGCCAUUAGUACUGAAGACAGAUCUGGAACAUUGUCCUGCACGCCUCUCAGAUUCAGAGAAUGAAGAACCUUCCCGAGGCAAGAUGACGCAGACGCAUCGCUCAGCAUUUGUUUCCAAGAACAACUCCUACUCCUUAGCUUUCCUGGCAGGGAACCUAAAUUCCAAGUUGGAAAGGAGUCAGAGCUGCAAUGACACUGCUCAAGACAGAGCGAAGAGCAGACUCAGAGCACCCCCAACCAGCAAAACCAAGGUCACAGCUAUGACCCCAGCCUCCAACCCCAUCAUUGGUGUCCUCUUGUCCACGCAGAACAACCGCUGCCUCUCAGCCCCUGACUUAACCGUGGAAAAGCGUCUACCCUUCAGCUCCCUCUCAUCCUUGGCUUCCCUGCAUAAGCCAGAACGCUCCAUCAGUCCUGAGAGCAAUGACAGCAUCUCUGAAGAACUAAACCAUUUCAAGCCCAUUGUCUGCUCACCAUGUACUCCUCCCAAGAGACUCCCUGAUGGCCGAGUGCUAAGUCCCCUCAUCAUCAAAUCAACACCCCGCAACCUAAACAGAAGCCUGCAGAAGCAGACUUCUUAUGAGGCUAGUCCAAGGAUCCUCAAAAAGUGGGAACAGAUCUUUCAGGAGCGGCAGAUCAAAAAGACCCUUUCGAAAGCCACCCUCACCUCUCUGGCUCCAGAAGCAGGGGAAGACUUAGUAGUCUCUGAAGUUAUCCAUUCUAGCAAGGAGAAGCCACCUCUGGCCCUACAUGCAAGACUGGCCAGUGGUCAAGCACUCUCUGAGUGUGCGGGACCCACCCCCAUUGACCUUGACUAUUUCCCCUCUGUUAGCCAAACGAAAGCGGAGCAGGGCAGUGAUAGUAAAAGGAGCCCCGAGGUCCCAUUGGAAACCUGCUGUUCUUCAGGACUCACAGUGGGAGCCAGCGGGACUUCUUUGGAGAGAGAGCAAUACCAAGGGCCGGGGCCAACCCCAGAUGCCAAGUCAGACAAAACCUGUUCAAGCAUGACCACGAACAUCUCGGCAGUUAAUUCAGCGCUGCCCAAAAAUAGUGUUCUGGGUGGGGUCCUCAAAACAAAGAGGCAGCUGAAGGCCACCAAUCAUUUUGAUCCACCGAACGGCGUACUGGCAGACGGCCUGGGUGAGGAGCCACUUCCUUCCCUGCGCCGGGGCCGGAAAAGACACUGUAAGACCAAGCACUUGGAACAGAAUGGCUCCCUUAAGAAACUGCGACAGAGCAGUGGCGAGGUGGGUCUGGCCCCACCUGACCCGGUGCUGCAGGAGACGGAGCAGAAGCGGCAGCAGGAGGAAGAGGACCGGCAGCUGGCUCUGCAGCUGCAGCGCAUGUUUGACAACGAGAGGCGGACUGUGAGUCGGCGGAAAGGAAGCGUGGAUCAGUAUCUCUUACGGUCCAGCAAUGUGGCCGGGGCCAAGUAGCACCUACUGAACAGUAUUACCUAUUUUUAAGAGGUCUGUGGGCCUGAUCGUUUAUCUCUGAAGAGCUGAGUGUUCUCACUUUGGGUUUCUUCUAAUGGCAAAACACUGUCUGCUACGGUUCUGAGAGGUUCCGGGGCCUUUGUAGGCUAUAUCCAAGGGAACUGUGUCUGCCUCGCUGUGACCGAGGCCAGGAAGCACUCCUCACCCCCUGAGUGACCCACCCCUGAGGGCUUCUGGGCCAAAUCUGGCGGCACCCACUUGGAAUGAGAUUCAGGAGCACGAUGGCUGGACUUAGAAAUGGUAGAUGAGAGAGAGAGGAUGCCUUCUUAAACUGACAGACCUUCUGACUUCUUUCAACAGGGUGUUAUUUUAAAUCAGCCUUGCAGAUAAAAAGUAGUUCCAUCUUCCUCAUAGAAGUGGAACGGGGCAGUUCUUUGGCAGAUCCAAAAGAGAUUAUGUCCCCUUUCUCCUUACCCGUGCCACAAGUAAAUAUACCUGAUGAAAGCAAUGGAAUUCUCUUCUACAAAAGUUAACUUACUUUCCCUCUUUCAAAAGUAACGUUGGAUUAACGCUGUCUGGUUGACCACUUUCACCAUUGUGGUUCAGUUUGGUCUUCCCAGGAGCGCUAAUGUGUAAGCCCCUUUGUAGAUGAUGGAACUGCAGGGCGAACGUUCAGGUUCUGGCACUGAGUGGCAUCGCCCAGACUGACCGUUGGGUCUCCUGACAACAAAUCCCAUAGAUUAUCCACACUAACCGGUUGCUGUAAUGGACUGCAACCCAUGGGCAUGCCUAGGGGAGCCUCGGGAAAGCUGGCUGAGCAUUUGAAUACUGAUUGUGCAAAAUCCAUAGGCAGAUAUUUGAGAUCAGUGGGAACUAUCAACAAAUACUGUGCAGUAUCUGCUCUGCUCCUCACCCCCCCAGUUUACAGCCUUCUGUCUUUUGGGGCUGGGGAGGGCAGACCAUCCACUCUAUGAGACAGACUACAGUUGAACAUUACUGCUCUCUACAUGUCCAAGGGUUAUCUGCAAUGUUGAUCUAAAAUCCCAAAAAUUUGCCCAGAAGUCAGGAAAGAGCAAUGCUGAAACUCCAUACUAUGGAAACAAGGUAUCUAGCUGGAUGCAGCUGGUAAAUUCAGUCCCAUGGACCUUUGGGAUUUAUUUUUCUUAGCAGCUGACACCAUGUGUCUUUUGCAUCCCUGGUGGUGCUUGGUGCUUCUGCCCAUCUGGGCUCAUUGAGAAUAGGGGUUAAGAGAUGAUUUUAGGGAGUCUCACAUGGGCUGGCAUUCCCUGUGCAUGUAUGAGCUGUUACUAUAAAGUCAUGUGACGGGCAUUUUAACAAAGGUUUUAGAGCUUAUGUAUCCCAGUGUAAGAUGUCCCUCUUGAGGGGCCCCAGCAGGAUACUGUAUAGAUUUUCCAAUGAUGUUGCCAUUGGCAAGAACAUUUCUGGAACUUUCCUCAAUGUCUAGAGAUGGUAGAAAUAUAGACUCCUAAAAUGUUAGAAUUGGAAGGGACCUUAAGGACCAUUUUUUCCAACCUCCUCUUCUUACUAAGGCAAAAGCCAAGAUCCAGAAUGGUGACUCACUGAUCACUAGGGAUCUACUGUAUCACCUUCUUUUGGUUCCUCUCAGAUUUUCCCCCUCUUCUCUGGGCAAAUCUUUAAUCUUUUGUGGUUAUAGGAGGGAGAAUUAUAAGUCUAAAACUAGUCAGAAGCUAUUUGAAGCCUCUAGGAGUAAAAGUGGGCCAAGAGGGUUCGGAAUUACAAAUGAGGUGUAGCUGUAAAGCAGUUGGAGCCAUUUCCUCCUGCUGCUCAUGAACAGUUCCCAGAGAGAACUUCCAGAGAUGUCAUAAGCAUCUUGGUCAUCAUUGAGAUACGUGAACCUCCUCAGUGACUACUUUGGUGGGAGUGUCACUCACUUGAAUGUAUGUGUUCUGCGUGUCUGUGUGUCUGUGUGCGUGCACACACGCAGAUGUAUGUUUUAAAAACACGCAUCAAUCUCAUUCCUCAAUAUUCACACCACUUCAGUUCCAGGCCCUGCCAGCAACACAGGCCUCCACAGACUGCUGGAAGGUUGGUACCCAAGACGGCAGAGCCGGCACUGGUCUGCGUGGAAGGGGAGGGUGACUUACUCAAUGCCCUUAGAGAAAGCCUCAGUUACUGCCUUUUGCUAGAGCUCCUCGUUGGUCUUAGUGAACAAGCCCCGGGAGGCUAGUCUGCUCGGGACUAGCAAAGACACUUCUUUUUCCACUUGCCACCUUUUUUCUAUGUCUCCAAUCAUUUGAAAAACAUGGUUUCAGUUGGAACUGAUUUUUGGUUUUGGAAAAAAGAUAUUUUUAAUAGAAAAAAAUAUAUUUUAAAUAUUUCCCCAAAGUCAUACUUUCAUUUUAAGAAAUUGUGUUGCAGUAGCAACAAAUUUUAGUUGCAGGUGCAGAGUGAAAAGCUCCCUCCUGUUAAGAGGAUAUUCCAAACGCUGGAUCCAGCUUCCUGACUUGCCCCCUUGCACCUACUGUUGUGUCUAGAGUGGCACUGACUCAGCUGAGCAAGAGUAGUCCUUGCUGUGAAGACAAAGCAGUUUAGGUCAAGGAGUGACAGGGCCUAACCUCUAAUCUGCUCGGCUUUGGAGGAGGGAAAAAAACCACUAAGGUAUUAUCUGUACUUUAAGAUGCUUCCCUUACUUAACUAAAACCUGAACACUUUCUCCUCCUGAAAAAUGUCUGUGUCCUGUUGCUUGCUUGUUUGUGAAGUUUCUCACAAAUGGAGUGGUUGACAUGAAUUAUUUGAAGAAAGAGAAAGAGGAAAACAGAGUGAUGGGGAGAGUUUGUGAGUGAGAACAAGAGAGACAUUAUUUCACAAACAUUUCUCACGAAUCAUUGGAAUCUGAUUCACCAUACAAAUUCCCCAUGUCCUAUCAGCUCUGCUCCCUGUGUAUAUGCAUUCUGUGCUUUCUCAUUAAAGGGGGAGUUAGGAGAGGUUGGAGGAUGAAGGUCAUUCUGAUGAGAAAUCCAAGAAAUGCGGUGCCCUGAGAGUGGGGAAGACCUUUGGGAACAUAUUUGUGACCUGUUGAUUGUAUCUGCUGGAAGAAGUCAUCUGGGCUUGUUGGGUUGGUGUCAAAUCAGGGGAUUAAGCACCCAGCCCUUGGACCCUUUCAUAUAAUUGCCUCUUUUUAAAAGAUUAGUUUAUUUUGGCUGAAGCUUCCCAGGAAAACUUUGUAAGUGGCUUCUAUUAUUUUUUUAAUUUUUCAAAUUUAUUUAGAUUUUGCCUGGAGGAAGAAUUGAUGAUGAAUGCCUUCUGGUUUUCUUGGGGUUUUUUCUUUUUUGUUUUUGCUCAUUUUCCCUAAAAGAACAAUGUCCUUAAGAGAUUAAAGCUGCUUAAUUAAUUGUUGUCUGGUUACAAACUGACAAGCUAAGAUGAGAAGCUGCCACUGUGCUUGACUGGUGGAGCUGAUGACUGAAGGCUGUGCUGUUCGCCCUUUCUGUUCCAUUUGACACACGUUCCUGAGCUUUGAACUUGUGCCAACCCUGUACUGGGUCAUGGAGAUACAGGAUGGAAAGGACAGUCCCUGCUCUCGUGGAGCUCAGUACUCUAAUGGAAUGUGUUUGAAUGUCUAUGUGGCUGGAGUUUGUUCGCGGUCAUGUGGAAGACCGCUUCUUCAUCUAAGAGGAUCCAUUUAAGAUACUCUCCAGCAUCCAGCAGGCUGCCUCGAACAUUUUAGACAACCUCCCACCCCCACCCUGCCAUCAGUAUUUCUGAAUUUGAUUGGAACACUGCUUUCCAUUUCCUAAGUAAUUUUACCAGAGGAGAAUGAAUUUUCCCUUCCAGUGACACAGGACAAUAAUUUCUCUUCAGGAACUGCUUUUGCUUAAUGUAAAAGCCAGGAAAUGAGGCAGGUGUGGAUCAUUGACAUGGUCCGAGGAGGCCCACGUCCCAACUUUCUAACCUCCUCACCUCUUUCCCAUCCAGACCUCUCACCACAACGGGCAGCAACUUUGGAUUCCUUUUUCCUGCUUGGCUUUUCAUUGAGAUGGAAAGCCAGCAGGAGAGGAAGGAAAGAAAAAUUGAAGGCUGGAUUAUAAUCAUAAAAUGCUAUAGCUGGAAAGGGCAUGGAAAUCAUUCAGAUCAAACUCACCCACCUGCUGCCCCAUUUUUCUAAGAAAUAAGGAAAUUGAGGUCCAAUGCCCUAUUUUAUACUGUGGUUUUCUAGGAUCUAAAGAAAUAGUCUGUUUAAAUUACACAAUUUGCUAAUGAGGACACCCAAAUGAUUUAGGCGGCUUUUUGUUUUAAUAGCUUUUUCUCCCCAAUUUGUUGUUAGAAUUAAAAUAUACCUAUAUCCUCCGAACACACACCCAGAUAGGGAAAACCCCGUUAUGUGACAUGAAUAUGGUAUCUUGGGAAGUGAUAUAUUUUGAUUGGAAUAGUCAUCAUUUUAACCACCAAUGGUUAAAACCCAGCCAGCCCUUCAUUUUUCUUUGAAAAUCAAGAACUCCUUAGGGACUUAAAUCUUUCUCAGCUAGCCUUUUCUCCAUCAUCCCACAGAAUGGUCUUUUGACCUGAUUUUUAUAAAUUCUUGUCAAUCAAGUGACAAAGCAGGUAUUUGGGGGGGGGGGGGGCGGGUAGGGGAGAUUCUAGGAAAAGCUGCUGAAUAGCUUUUCCUCCAAAGAUACAGAAAAUGCAUCUUUACACAUGAUUGUUAUCCACUGUAGCUUUCAGAAGACUGUUCUACAGAGAAAAGAGACAUAAGCAGAGGUCACGACCAGUUUAGAAAUUGGUUAAAUUGAAGAAAAAGUGCCAAGACUGAGUGUGCACAUUGUUCUAUGUAUUAUCAGUAUUUUUAUUCUUCCUAAGAAAAAUAUUUACAUACUUCGCUUUGUGAGUAAAUGCUUCCUUAAUGUCUUGUUAAUAUGUGUGGCAGGCUCCCUGUCUACCUGUACCUGGUGUCUACAUCAGCUAGUUGGACAAAGCCACGCUGAGGCUGGGCUUACUCAUCUUCUGUCCCUCUCAUUUGCAGUGAAACAGGCAAUGCACUCCUCAGAGGUCAGGCUGGUAACUUUUGGGUCCUGGGUCUGGAGGGUAGACAGAGUCUCCCUGAUAGCCCUGCCCACCCUCCAGCUAUGCCUCCAGUGGGAGCAGGGGCCCUCCGUCAGUGGGUCCAGCCCUUGGCCUGCAGCAGAACACAAUUCCGAAGGAGACAAUGGAGAACUAGGCCAGGGAAAAAAUUAUCUUAAAUGCCACCUAUUUGAUUUGAUUUUUGUUGUUUCCCGAUAUGCUGUUUACUCUCAAUGUGUACAAAUACAGUUGUCCUUAAGGUCUUUGCUCUUCCCACCUAGAAACAGAAAAUGGGGUGUAUAUUGGUUUUCAGCCUGCUGUCCACAUUAGAAUGGAGAAGGGGCCUGGCCCUGGUGGACUGCCACUGCUGGCUGCUGCCUCCAGCUCAUCAGAAAGAGCAUCUUGACAAAGACAGACUCAGAACAGGGCAUGCCCUCUUCUGUCAACAAAGAAAUGGCACACAA